AUGGGACCAAUGACGCCAUCGACAAUGGUCGUCGUUGACUCAAAACUCAUCGAAUGCUCGAUUUGCCUCGGAAUUCUAUACAAUCCGAGAUGCGUUGUUCCUUGUACUCACCGAUUUUGUGCCGGCUGCAUAUCGAAAUGGGCGAUGCGGAGCUACACAUGUCCAGUUUGUCGCUAUCCUUUGGAGGAUAUAUCGAACGAUCUACUCACUUCCAGUCUCGUUGCCGACUAUCUGAGCGCGCAUCCGGACAAGACGCGACCGGAGAGCGAGAGGAACGCGCUCGAUGAGGCCGAACUCGACUUGUUGCUCAAAUUCUUGCUCACCGAGACGUCGAAUCGCGCGCCUAUCAUGCCGACGAUUCCCGUUGAUUUGUGCACCGCCCGUAGACGAUUCGUUUCGAAUAUUCGCGACGAGCGCCGAAAACGCGCGAUUCAGCUUCGACUCGAGAAGCAUUGGAGAAAUGAAGGAAUCAAGCCGAUUCACAUCGACGAAUACAUUCGAUUAGAGCGACAACGGCUUGGAAUCAAUAUUAAUGAUCCCAUCGACAACGCCCCGUAUCAGAUCAUUGUGGCGAACGGUCAGGCGUCUCGUAUGCACCCAAUUGGCUCGACGACACGCGACGAGAAUCUGUUUCGAAUCGAAAUCCGCGCAAACGCGCGGCCGCCGAACGACGCGGCCGGCGAAGUGGCGCGCGGAGAGAAUCGCGAGGCGCCGGAGCCGAUCGAGGCGCAGCCGAGACAAGGCGAUCCACCAGCGACGCCCGAAGCAUCGCAAACAGUUGAAGGAUUGGAGCAGAAUGGGCGACGUCGCGUCGCCAAUCGAACUCGUCGCCUCGUCGCCGCCAAUCGAUUGCCGUCGUCGGUUGGGCGACAGCGCGAGGUCGACGCUCGCGGACCACUUCGACGGUCGACGAGAACCGUCACCCAGCCGACUCGUUGGCACUACUAA